GGUUGCUCUUGAGUUCGUUUGUCUGUCGGCAGUUGACUCUUCCUCUUCCCAUAAUUAUCACCAGAUCCGGUCUACCAUCCCCAUCGGCAUAGCACCUCACCCUCAGACAGUGCUCGGCUAGAGAGACCAAGAACGCCAAAGGAAAGCCGAUAUCUACGGGGCCAGACAGAACAUCGGAUAUGGCGAGCUUUGCUGAUCUCCCCGCGAAAUGCACCGCGCUUGUCCAUGCGGUCGAGAAACUGGGUCAGGAACUGUCCAACACCAAACGCGAAUUGCGAGACGUGACGUCGGAGCUCGUCGCCGCCAAAGGGGUCGGCACUGUCCUCUCCAGUCUGGUGGAUAAGUUAGGGGCGUUGCUUUGCUCGUACGCGCGUGAGCAGACAUCAGCGCACCGACAGCAACAGAUCCUCGAAGCCAUCCUCGAUUCGGCACUUGCACAGUUGGACCUCCUCGACGCCCAAAUGGACUGCAAUUCCUUGCGCCGCGAGAAUACCCAGCUCCGAGAUGCGCUUCAGGAGAGAAGGAUGAGGCACAACCGCGUCCCGGUCGCAGACGCUGGGCACCACACCCGGAUAGCAUGCAGCCCUUCCACUACCGAGCGGGAUCCGUCCAAGAAAGCGAAGAGCGAUUCCCGAACCGAACCGUGAUGCAGCACAGCAGACGCGAGAGAUCCUGGUGGAACAGAACAGCACAGCACAGCAGCGCCAUUGUCUUAGCCACCGUCCCACGUAUGUGCACAUGCACCAACACCCACCGAAUACAUAGCAAAUAUCAUUCCAUAGCGCUCGCAUCCACGGCUGCGGAGCGACAUUUCUUGUUUCAUAGUAUAUCAAUCAACAUAUUGGUGAGGUUCUGGCGAAG